CGGUGCCGGCUGCUGGCGGGCGCACAGAACUCAAACAGGACUCGUUCUCAUCCUUUGAAUCAAAGGCAACAGUGUGAGGUUUAAAACGCGCGUUUGCAGAAUGUGUGUGUUUUAGUGGAGACGAUGCUGACUGACACGGCCGUGGAGGAGGAAUUUGAGAUCAAGGAAGAGGAACCGUGGUACGACAAGCAGGACCUUGAACAUGACCUGCAGCUGGCGGCCGAGCUGGGGAAGACCCUCCUGGAGAGGAACAGGGAGCUGGAGCAGGGCCUGCAGCAGAUGUACUCCACCGACCAGGAGCAGCUGCAGGAGAUCGAGUACCUGACGAAGCAGGUGGACCUCCUCAGGCAGGUCAAUGAUCAGCACGCCAAAGUGUACGAGCAGCUGGACGUGUCGUCCAGAGAGCUGGAGCACAGCAACCACAAACUGGUGGUGGACAACAGGACGGCGCAGCAGAGGAUCCAGGGGCUGGCAGAAACCGUGGAGCUGCUGCAGACGCAGGUGGAGGAGCUGCAGCAUCAGGUGGAACAGCUGAAGCUGUGUCCUCAGCCUCAGAAGCCUCCGCACAGGGAGGGGUGGUCCACCCGCAGCAGUAAGAGUGUGUCCUGUCUGAAAGAGCUGCAGAACAACCUCAGGUACGACUGUGACCCCGAAGAACCCUCCGACGACCUCGAGUCCUCCGACAUGUCGUGGCAGGAGGAGGAGCAGGAGUCACUACGUCAGUCGCUCCGCGCCCUCCAGACGCAGUUUGCGGUUGAGCGCGCUCGCAGGGAGGAGGCGGUGCGGGAGGCGGAGCUGCUCGCCGGCGAGAACGCGACACUGGAGCAACAGUUGACCAGGAUGGAGGGAUGUCAGGCCCGAGUGCACGAGCUGGAGCGUGAGGCCGAAGAGCUCAGUCAGCUCUGGAAAUCCCAGUCCUCUACCCGAGCCUCCAGGCCGGACUCGGUCAUCCACAACCUGCUGCCGGAUUCGCUGCUCCUCCACUCAGAGGAAGAGGAGAACGAGGGGGAGGCAGCCACAGCUCGAGGCCCCUGGGUGCUGAAGCGCUGGGGCCAGGAGAGGCCGACGAGGGCGCCUCAGCUGCCCGACUGCCCCGACAGGAUCUACGACCACGAGUGCUCCUGCGUGCGCCGAGCCGAGGUGGUGAAGUACCGCGGCAUCUCGCUGCUCAACGAGGUGGACGCCCAGUACAGUGCCUUGCAGGUGAAGUACGAGGAGCUGCUGCAGCGCUGCCACCCGGGGCCGCAGGAGGCUGACGAGGACGAGCAGAGCCACAAAUCGGUCCAGACGCCGUCCCUCGGUUGUCCUGCUCUGAAAGACAUGGAGGACUUUGAGGAGGACUUUCGCCAGCCCGAGUACAAGGAACUUUUCCGGGAAAUCUUUUCCCGCAUUCGUAAAACCAAAGAGGACCUGAUUGAAAACAGGGGGGGGACCUCCAACGGUGACGCGCUGCCUAUUUCGCAUUAG